GAGAGAGAGACAGAGAGAGAGAGAGUGAGAGUGAGAGAGAGAGAGAGAGAGAGAGAGAGAGUUGUUGGAUUAUCUGGCUUUUGAAGGCUGCUGGAGCACCAUGGCUGUGUUUAAAGUGCUGUCCAUCCUGCUUAUCACCUCACACCUGUGUGAUGGACGGAGAACGAGAGGAAACAGAGCAGACGCUGAGUUUGGAAUGAAGAUGAAAAUGCCCUAUGAGCCUCAAUCAGUUUUCAGGAUCUAUUCUCCUGAGCUGGACUGGGAUGACGCCUGCAUGGUCAAGCUUUACCAACCACACACACUGCAGUCCUGCGGCUUCAACAGCAGCCACCCAUUGGUCAUCAUCACCCACGGCUGGUCGAUGGAUGGGAUGACAGAAAGAUGGGUCAAGAAACUGGCUACCGCUCUGAAGAGCACACAGAAAGACAUCAACGUGCUGUUCGCUGACUGGCGGACCCUGGCACAUCAGCAUUACCCCAUUGCUGCUCAGAACACACGCAUUGUGGGGCAAGACAUCGCCCAGCUGCUGAUAUGGCUUGAAGAUGUCAUUCAGGUUCCUGUUAGUAAAGUCCACCUGAUUGGUUACAGUCUGGGAGCUCACAUUGCGGGAUUCGCUGGCAGCAACCUGGCCAUGUCAGGUCGGACGCUCGGGAGAAUCACUGGCCUGGACCCUGCGGGUCCGAUGUUUGAGGGUAUGUCUCCUACAGACAGACUCUCCCCAGAUGAUGCCAGGUUUGUGGAUGCCAUCCACACGUUUACCCAGCAGCACAUGGGGCUCAGCGUGGGCAUCAAACAGCCUGUGGCCCACUAUGACUUCUACCCCAAUGGAGGAUCAUCACAGCCUGGCUGCCAACUGCACGUUCAGAACCUGUAUGCCCACCUGUCUCAGUACGGCCUUAUGGGUUUCGAGCAGAAUGUGAAAUGUGCCCAUGAACGCGCCGUCCACCUUUUCAUCGACUCUCUCCUGAACAAAGACAAGCAGAUCACGGCCUACAAGUGCAGCAACAAUGAAGCAUUCAACAAGGGCGCAUGUCUGGACUGCCGCAAGAACCGCUGUAACACUCUGGGCUUCGACAUCAGGAAGGUCCGCACCAGCCGCAGCAAGAGGCUCUACCUGAAAACACGCUCGCUGAUGCCUUACAAAAUGUACCACUUUCAGUUCAGGAUCCAGUUGUUCACACAGAUAGAAAAGAUUGAUCCGUCUCUCAGCAUCACUCUGACCGGCACUCUGGGAGAGAGUGAAACGCUGCCCAUCUCCCUAGUAGAGGAGGUUUCAGGCAAUAAGACCUACUCUUUCCUCAUCACUCUGGACACAGACAUUGGGGAUCUGAUGAUGCUCUCUAUCAGCUGGGAGGAUGCCCCACUGUGGGCCAACAUGUGGAGCAAGAUGAAGACCGUAAUGCUGUGGGGCAGCAAGGAUAAAGGGCCGCAGCUCACUAUAGGCAAGAUCCGAGUUAAAGCGGGGGAGACGCAGCAGAAGUCAGGCUUCUGUGCUCAGUCUGAGGGGUCCGUCUCCAUCCAGCCUUCAGAGCAGAAGCAGUUUGUUCGCUGUGAUGAAAAUCCCCACAGCUCCAGACGUGUGACAUCACGCCGGUGACAUUAUGGCUCAUGACAUCCUGCGUGUAAAAGUGUAUGUGAAAUUAAAAGCAACUAGUACCCAAGAGUAAAGGUUAAAAAAUGAAUGUG